CGCACCAUCUCCGUCCAGCCAUCGCAUCCCGCCUGGCAGUGAUUCCGCUUCUUCUCCUCCUCUUCAAUUCUCGAUAUUUUCUCUUCAGAUUUCUACGUCUAGCUUUCGCUCGCCAGUUCUCUCGUUAGAGUUUGCAUCUUUAUGCGGCUGGGAGUCGCGUCGCCAUGUGUAAACAUGGACUCUGAAAAGGUGCGUGCGGUCCCAAACACAGGGACGGAACCAUUGCGGGCUUUUCCCUGUUGACGCCAACUCGAAACCAGAGAAUCGAAAUGCUGCACGACCUCGAUAUGAAGUAUCGACAUACCAUCCAUGGAUUCGAUCUCGUGAUCAAGGACGAGGAAGCGCGGCGGCUGAAGCUCCGCAGCAUCGUGCUUCGGGACGAGGCCAUGAGCCUCAAAGACCAACUUCUCUCCAGAGACCGCCGCAUCAAGGAACUUGAGGAUCGAGUUGACGACGUUCGUGGUCAGCUGGAGAGCGCCCAGGAGAAAGCCCGAAGGCAGGAUAGGCUCAUGCUGACACAGUCCCGGGAGAUUGCCAACCUGAAAGUAAGUCCUGUGUCGGAUCCAAUGCUCUUCCGUCUCACUCUGACGGCGGUUACCAUAGGAGGAAUUGUCGGCGUUCAACGCCGUGUCGCAAGACUCGGCAAAGAUCUUGUCCGAAAAGCUCGCCCUUUCGCGUGAAGUCGCCGUGCUUAAGCCCGAACUAGAACACCUACGGUCACAACUUGCGCACCAGAAGGAUGUGCUGGCCGAAAAACUGGCUCUCGAGCGCCAGCUUAACACGCUGGAAGUCGAGCUUGCCAACGAAAAGCGAGCGGCGCAGAAGGCAGCAGAUAGACAGGGCCGCGAGAACGAUACCGAGAAGGAGCUUCGCGCGCGGA